AGAGGGAAUGCACGAACUGUUGGUAACUAGUAGUUUGUACUCGGUUAUAGCAGACCGCCUUGACCUCUCCGGCUGCGGUAUGUAUAUGAUCAGGAGCCUGGCAGGCGUUCCGGAAUCCGGAUUGCUAAAUUAGGUUCGGACGGUAAGGAGUCCAGGUCCCAGAUCGAACGGUCCGGACGGUCGCUUCCAAUUUUACUGUCUCUGACUACUCACAACGAUGAACGACUGUGUGCUGGAGCAGCCCGAGCCUUUAUUAUAUGGCACCCCCUCGAUAACAAUCAGAAAGAAUAUAUCUAGGAAUGGUGGACAACCAUUCGAAGACUCUGAUGUUCUCGUGCUUUCCUCCCGGUCCACGCACUCCAAAGAUUCCACGCAACUAUACCUCGACUUACGUCUCUCGAAGCCUUUACUGCCAGAGAGCACCAUUAAAUGGGGCUUUGCUGGCAUCCGUGUCACACUCUCCUCUACUCCUCUGCGUUUCCGAUGGAAUCAUUAUAUUGAUUCCCAGGGACGAGAUGGCUCCCCUGAUGAAGGCACCAUGACUUCAUGUGAUGGAGAAGAAGUGGAAACUGGAAUUGGGAUAAACCCCGAGACGGGAGAACAGGAGCAGUAUGAAGAACGCUGGAUUGACCAACCAGUUCCACCACGCACAUCAUUCGCAUUCCUCACUUCCUCACGCGAACCAAGUGAUUCGACCGGGUUUAUCGCUAUCCUGGGAGAUCAUGCGCUUGCAAUGCGCCAGAACCACUCUCCGAAUGACACCGAAUUUCAAGCGGUGCGCAUGCGCAUCUCGACUUCAUCGUCGCCCGAAGUUCUAUUCAAGCAAGACGCAGACGCUCUCCUCCCAUUGUUAGAAUCUGCGCUCUCGGGGGUUGAUAAUUGGAAAGGAUCCCCUUGGCAGCAUGGCCAGGAAAUUACUUUACAGGAAAACCGCUGGACGGUGUGGGAUGCUGGUAUGACAGGGGAAAACUGACUGCUUAAUUUAAAUUGCAGGUGGACGUAUUCCAUGAUGGUGUGAUGCCCAGCUACGAUGCAAUUAUAACCUGUGUCCACCGCGCCGCGUAGCCCUUGAUCUUCAAUCGGCGAAUGUGAGGAAUGUCAGAUGCAGGACAUACUAUUCACAAUGACACUUCUUGAUUCGCAUCGACAUUUCACCCUAUAUUUGGUUAGCUGGUGUGUAAAUGCAUCAGGAAUGACUGCGCUUCCGUGCCGUCAUGUCACGUCCGACUGUCUGGUCCCAUACACUCCAGGCACAAACACCUGGUUUAUUGAUUCCACCUGUUGCAGUUUCCAGUGGUGCAUUAUUCUAGUCUGUACAGCUGUAGACUUAGAGUAUUACUAAGUCCAUUCGCCCGUGUGUGAUCCACCCGAGUUAACGAAAAUGGAUUCUAAUUCCAAACAUACU